UUGAGCCGAGCAGAGGCGCGAUGGUGGCCGGCCCGAGCCAGGACGGCUCGGCCACAGAGGGGCGGCGGCGGCGGCGCAUCACCAGGGUUCGCCGCCGACGGCGACGACGCACGGCGGCAUCCCGGCACACGGCUUCCUCUCUCUCUCUCCUCUUUUCUUUUCCCUCUCUCUCUCUCGACGCACGCCGACGUGCUGCACUGCCCGUCGCCGGAGCUCAUGAGGCUCCUCCUCUGCCACUUCGACCGCCUCGGCGUCGUCCUCGCCGCCGCGGAGUUCGUCUUCACCGAGCCCUACUCAAAGCGCCUCAUGCUCCGCCUCCGCCUCCGCGGCGAGGUCCUCCAUGGCAGCAGCGGUGUCACGCUGGAGCAGGGCCAUGCCGUGGAGUUCGCCGUCCACGACCGCCUCUACAAUGCGUGCGCUCACCGGUGAAGGAGGGAUUGGUGAUGACGGCUUCAGAUCGACACCGGGGAAGAGGAAGCCGAUCUCCAUGCCUCUUGCGUCUCCGGUUGGGAUUCUUGGGGGGUCUUGGAGGGGAGAUCAAGGCGGUGCUGAUGGCGCGGUGGCUCGUCCUAAUUUGGUCCACGGCGGCUAGAACACCGAGGUCGACAUGGCGGUGACCCUGGGAGCACGCUCCUGGGCAUCCAUGUGCACAGAGGCGUUCCUGUCGACUCACUGCAUGGAAAGGGAUGAGAUUAGAGGGAAUGAAACCAGUGUCUUGAGGAGGUAAUGAAACGUGGAUGAGAUUGGGACGACGACGGCUCGGCGGCGAUUGGCGCCAUCCUUCUUGGUAGCCCGCGAUGAGAUGAACAGAGAAAGAGACGAAGAAGAACAGAGAAAGAGAGAUUGACAACUGGGCCCAUGGGCAAACUUGUCUUUAACCAAAAUUUCUCUCUGUUUCGAUCGAAAAUAAUUAAAUAAUGGGAGAAGUGUCCAGCAGCUAAUUACCACUUUUUUAAGUGUCCACGAGCAAAUACACGAUCUUCGGGUGUCUCACAGCAAAGGCCGUAAUCUUUCGGAAAAAAUAUCAAAAAAUCUGUAGCAAAUUUUAUCUUUCACAAAAUAUCAAAAUAUUAUAUGGAAGGUUUAGAAUAAAAAAAAAUAUAUCAUAUUGGAAACAAAUAGAAGAAGAUCUGUAGUACAUAUUCCAUUUAUCAUCGGUGGCUUCGAAAGUCCGUUUCAAAUAUGUGCCUUAUGAGAGAAGGGAUAGAAAUAACAUCACCUUUUAAGUAUUGAUGAGUAAAUUGCACCAGCGGUUUUUUUUCUUAACAUGUAAAUAGAUUUUACCUAGAUUCAUGAA